UAUCCGCUUCUACAAUUACCGUUAAAAAAAAUGCGGGCAACACAAAAACUCAUUUCAUUCAAUUAUUCAAAAGAUAAAGGCACUAAAACCGAAAACACAUAAUCUAAUUGAAACAUCCACAUCUUCUCCGAACCGAUACAGCUCGAGGCAUCGAUGGACCGAUUCGCACAUCCGUCUCUCUCUCUCUCUCUCUCUCUCUCUCUCGUAACCACCAGGUGUAUACCUCUCGGACGUCAUCACACGACACACAGAGCAAUACUUAUAACAUACACGAUGGAGAAGUCAAAGUCAAAGCAGCAGCAGCAGCACACGCGCGUCAAGGCAAAAGAAAGUGUCCGCGAUGGCGCAGGUAGUGGGAGAAAGUGACCCAGAGUAGAGGAAGAGAGUAUAAGCCCGUUUUCAGGAUCAUCGGCCGGCUCGCUCCAUAUCCCCCUCAGUCUCGCGAUGGCCUUUGCAUUCGCGUCGGCGAUCCUCGAUACCUCCGAAUAAUCCACUGCUUACAGCUGCUGCUACUGCUGCUGCUGCUAUCGUCACGUACGCACAUCCUCUCAUACGUCCACAAGCCAUCAACGAUGCCAAAGAUCCUCGCCAUUAUUCUCUUCGCCGCUGCUGCGAUCAGCGCUGCCACCGCCAGACAUGCUCGACAGACGUCGUGGAACGAGACGAUCGUCGGGGAGAUCGGUAACUCGCCGAAGGGCAAAUCGAUCGGUCCUUGGAGCGAGAUCUUGGAGGACUGGGUCAUUUCCGGAGCCGAAAAUUCCAACGCGAGAGGCUCGCGAGUAAUGAAACUUGGAGACACGGCGUUGAAAGUGACAGCGAACAAAGUCUCGCCGCCCAACAAGCGCGAUGUCUCCGAAACCGAUCUUUAUCUGCUCGGUGCUAUUGAAAAAUUAGUUUACAGAGUGGAUUUCAUGGAAAAACGCUUGAAAAGAGCGGAGGAGCUACUUUACUACGUCAUCUCUGGAAACAAUAAAUCAAAAGACCCUUGUCCCGAAAAUUACACACGUGUGGGCCAGUUCUGCUACCACUUCAGUUCGCGAGAAUACGACUGGAAAUCGUCGGCGAGUUUGUGUCGUGGAAUGGGCGGUAACUUGGUGGAAUUCGAGACGGUCGAGGAGAAUCAAGACGUGGUUGCACUUCUUCAAAGUGACAAAAAAGUGAAGAACAAGAGUUACUGGACUGGAGGGCUUAACCCGGGACUAUUGUGGAUUUGGGCCGCCAGUGCCAGACCGGUUCACCACGACACCAAGCAGAAUGUUAUCGGCGACGGAAGAUGCUUGAAACUCGAGUACAAUCCUGCCUCGAGGAUAUACCUGUACAAAGGAGAGGACUGCGGAUCGAGGCAGAGGUACAUUUGCGAGCUUUCGAAGGAUGACGAAUCGGCAAACAAGAUCGAUCGAAUAGCGAGAAAAUUGCUGAUCGAUAGCGAGUAGUGUGUGCAUGAUUUUUAUUCGUAUUAGUUAUUUAUUUUCGGUCGUUGUAAUUUGCUAGAAAUGUGCAAACGACUCUAACAAUCGUACGAAAUUGUAAAUUUCCAGGAAAUUAACCUAUUUAUAUAUUUAAAUUAUUGAGUAUUUAUAUAAAAGUAUGUUGUAAAUAAAAUGUUGUCGUUGUCAUGUCUUUCAUGGAGUUAUUAUAUGUGUUAACGAACUAGUAUAGGGUAUAGAGUCAAAUUGUACGCCAAGUCUGAUUUCAAACGUUUAUUAAUAGCUACUUUUCUUAUUAUAAUGAGGGUUUUGUCAUGAAAUCAACUAAACUCGAAUUCACUAAGUACUAUUGGAAAUUAAGUUUCGAUAACAACUAUAGCUAAAACAACGAAUCAGUAAAUACUUCAGAAAAAUAUUCUUUUUAAGUACAUUAUUUCAAUUAGUUUCUAUGUUGUUUGCAGUCUUCAAGCGGUCGACAUAGUUCAAUAAUGAGAUACAAAUUCAUGUUUGUGUGUGUGUGUGUGUGUAUAUAUACAUAUAUCUAUAUAUAUAUAUAUAUAUAUAUAUAUAUAUAUAUAUAUAUAUAUAUAUAUAUAUAUAUAUA